AUGCCAAUCUUACGAAAAAAAGCCAAUUCUACCCAUAACUUGCUUAACUUCGUGAUUGGAGGAGAACGGGGUAUUCAACGUGAUAAACAAUACGGGCCCCAAACAACACCCCUGGCGAACACCAACCUUCCAUCAAACCCAUCUGGCGACGCAAAAUCAAAUCAACUUGAAAUAAACUUAGAUACACAUAAUGAAUUCAAAGAAAUUGGAUUAGGUACACAAUCAAAAGCUUCGCUGAAAUCUGAUGAUGAUUUCGACGUAAACGAAUACUUCGCUAGACUACAAGGUACCAGAUACGUAAGCGCUCCGUUAAAUAGAAAAGAAGAUCAGAAUGCUAAUCUGCCGGUAGAAGAAAAUCUAGAAGAGAUAAAUUUAAAUGAACCGGAAAAAGAGGAACAAAGUAUAACAGCGGAUAUAGCGCAGAAUUUCUCGCAGUUACCGACUGUUCUACCACAAGUUGCCAGUGCAGUAUUUAGUUCAUUUUCUAAUAUGUUGAAUUUGAAGAGGGAGGUCGAUCGAUCACCUGCUUAUCAAGAUGGUUAUAGUGGAAUCAAUGAAGUUAACUACAACCAAUAUAAGGAACAAGAAGUGAUCGUAUCGAAGAGUGAACCUCCGCCGCUUUCAGAGCCUCCUUUAAAUGGUUCAUCAAAUUAUCGAAUCACGACAAAGAAAAAAGUCUAUGCUCAGAUUCCUGGUUUGACUGGAGAAGCACCGACUUAUAACCCAGCAGCUAGCGCAUCCUCACCGUACUUUACAAAUACCCCCACUAACCAAAUCCCACAUACUGAUAUACAGAAAGAUUUUUCGCAAUCACCAUAUUAUUUUACACCUGAAAUUCGUGACUCGCUACCAAAAACAGACCCUCCUCAUGCAACACCGGCGAAAACAGAACCUAUAGUAUUACAGGAUGAUAUUAAAGCAAUUUCAAAACCUGUUCUGAACACAGAAUCAACUUAUAACUUCUUCACUCCAAUACAAAAUGUAGAAUCCUCUAGAAAUGAUGUACGAACUGUUAAUGAAAUAUUCCAAGCAAACACUACAGCGCCCAUCAUCCCGCCACCGCCAAUGUUUUCUAAUCGAAGAGACAGUCAAGGAUCAGUUGGAAGAACAGUAUUACCACCAUCUGUUGCAAGAAGAAUAGCAGGAAAUCAACCAUUAAUUAAACCACAAGCAUCACCUCUGAUAACGUAUGACAAUAUUUUUGUACCGACAUUUUCUGAUCACAGUCAAGAUGUAUCUACGAAUGCCCCUCCAAUGUUUUAUACUCCGACUAACGACCGUGAUGCUGCAUCAAAUCCGAUACAAUCUGCAUCGCAAGGACUACCGAUUACUAAGAAAACACUCCCAAAUGACCUACAAAAUGUACCAUAUUCUGAAUCUGUAACAAGUUUUCCAACCAUUAGCCCACCUGUAACUGAGUUUUUUAAUCCAAAUAAUGAGCCGUCCCAAGAAACAAAAAUCGAGUCUAAUCCUGUCCCAGAACAGUCUAAAGUAGAUGCGCUCGGGCUUCAUUCAAAUCCUCUUGGAAACUUUUCAUCAAGCGCAUUCAUGAAAGUCUCUUCACAAGAAACACAAAUUGAAUCUAAGCAGGAACAACCUAUAUUACCUCCGAAGAAAUCGUUUGAUGUCGCAAACCCGCCUCCACAAUUCUUCGACCCAAGCUCAAUGAAUCAGCCAAACGAGAUGUCUGUUUCUAAUGUUCACCAAGGACCACCUAAACCUGUUCAAGAGCCGCCAAAAAUGUCUGGUACUGUAAACUAUAGAAUGAGUAAAAAGCGACCGCAAUAUUACUCUGGACCUAUUGAAGGUGUUGGUGAUAUAAGCAACAAUAUUAAACCGACUCUGAAUCCAGUACCGUCGCAGUUUGAUUCAUUUCAAGGUCCCCUCUUUACGCCGAUUCAAGACUCUGAUAUAUCAGAAAAUAGUUCUGUAGCACCCCCAGUUCAUACAGAUAUUUCAACAUUUAGCCAGCCAGCUUCGACUUAUGGGCUUCCUCCAGUUCAGCCAUACCAACAAGACUUUAAUACUGCUUUCGAUGUAAGCAGACCAACAACAGAAUAUUACGACCAACCUCAAACAGAGACAAAAGGCUUUGGAUUGUUAGGUUCUUUGAAGUCUAAGCUUAGUUCCAUAGACAUUAAUAAGAUCCAAAAUACAGUAACGACUUUUUUCGACCCAGCGUAUAAUGGUGAAGCAAAGGAUGACCAACAAAAAUUAGCUCCUUAUGAAUCUUCGCGUAUGGAUCAUGCUCAAGAUAGUUCCACUUUUGAUAUUUUUGUUGGGAGCUCGAAUACGACUCAGCCAGAUUUAACCUCGAAUUAUUCAUCCGACUAUAAUGUCCACCAAUAUAACACUCAAGAACCAUACUAUGAUAGCAGAGAACAGCAAACUUCAAAUUAUUCUUCGUGGCCUACUUCUCAUCCAGUCAUUAAGAAUAAUUAUGCUGGUUUAAAUUUGGAAAAAGCUGUCGAUACAAAUUUUAAUUCUGCUAAUUCUUACAUGAAUACUAUUGACACACCUUUUGCAUUGCCAUCUUUACCUAUAAGUAUAAUAGAAAAACCAAGUUCUCUCCAAGCCCCUAUAUUUUAUGAAGAUACAAAGAUAAGCAAUGUAUCUUCUGUAAUAAGUGUAUCUAAUCCGCUAAGUUUUUUUAGCACACCCCUUGAAGUUACGCCAUCUGACAUUUUAGAUGACGAAAUUAUCGAAAGCGUAACUAAUGUCGUGCUUGGUCCUACUCCACAGCCUUGCGAGAUAACUGCCCAAGAAAAUAAAGGAAUUGAAAUUUCUUUUCAACGCAAUGAAAACACAUUCAAUAUUUUUGAUCCUCAUCCAAUAUUACCUAGUGAUAAACAUUUUACACCUGAAAAUACAUUAACAGAUAAAGCUGACAUACUAUGUGUAAACAAACAAAGCUGUCCGAGUCUAGAAACAAAAUCGUCUAUUGGCAAUUUACCUCCAACAAGUGACUUCUCGUUUCUUGAACCAGUUGACAAUGACGCUUUCUUAAAAUAUUUUGAACCCGCACCUAACACUUCACAUCUGUUUGAUUUUACAAACCAUAACCAAAGUACAGAUUUACCUACUUCAAAAGAAAGUGAAAUAAAUUUAAUUGAAAGGAAAGUAGCUGAAAUAGCUUUGCAUGAUUCACAUGUAAAGUCUAGUGAAGACCUGGCUGAAAAUGUUUCCGAAUUAAAUAUAUGUGAAACGUGUCGAGAAGUAAAUAAGCAUGAAGAAAAAAGUGAAGUUGAAGAUUUAACUUCGCAGCUUAUAGAGAAUAUAACUGCGCCUAUUCAACUAUUAAACCCAGUAGGAGCGGGUUUACCAGUUUGUGAGCAUGUACCAGAACUAUCUCUAACAGAAAGUGCAACAGAUCCACUUGAAGAUAUUGCCCAGAUUUCAGAAGAUUUUAUAGAAAAUAUACCGAUACAUUCAGUAAAAGAACUAUUAGGAGAUGUGACUCUUGAUAAGAGUGUGCCGAGUUAUGGGCUUAACAACGCCGAUAUUAAUGAUAUAAUUGACACUACCUCUCUGACAGAACACAAUUAUAACUUACCAGGUGUAAGUGCUCUCGGACUUUUCCAGAGCGAAUUAGCUGAAAAUAUACCAAGGAAUGCCAGUGAUGAAAUAAAGGCUGGGCUUAAAAACUCCCUUGACGAACUGGUACUUCCACCAUUGCCAAUUCUACCAACUGCACCUGCCGAUGAUGAUAGUAAAUCAGAUGAAAGUGGCUUAGAUGUGCAUUCUAUAGAACAAGAUGCUAACAAAGAUUUUCCCAUUUAUGAAGAAUUUGUUAUAGAACCAUCUGAGACUGAUGAUGAUAAAAUCGAGUUUAUGGUGAGAGAAAAGAGUACAGAAGAUCUUUCACCAGCCGUAGAUACGUUUACAAAUCGGGUAGAAAGAUUUAAAAAAAUGGAAACCGUAAUUGACGAAUCACGCGUUACUAUGGCAACUAUACCAACAUCUAUCAGUCCUUCGUUAACAAUGGCUUCAUACUUUGAUACUGGAAAUUAUGCGGUUGAAACCUAUUACAAAAAUUCUUUGAACCCUCGACCGGAAGAAAACUUAUCAAGCAGGAUCCCGCCCGGCUUCGAAAAGGAAUUUAGCAAACGAUUUCCUUCCGUAACAUCUACUGGUUUUGUUGAAGAUCAUAUAACACACGUUCCAGAUACGACAACACAGACGCGUUUAACACCCACAUUAACAUAUACCCAAACUACCCAAAGCGAUGUGACCAAUUCUCACAUCACAACAGCUGUGCAACCAGUGUCUUCUACAGAAACCCAACAUACGAGGCCUUUAGAUGAACCUAUACCGGACACGGAGCGCUUACCUGCCUUCUCCAAUCUCACUGAACACCCUAAAGAAAUAGAAGAAUCCAAAUCAAAUACAACAGAACCUAAAACAUCUAACGAAUUACCAGACCCUAAAAAUUUCUUCACAUCCGACCCAGGCCCGUCGAACAAGGAAAACGACGAAUACAACAGUUACAAUCGUCUAUCCAGCUAUUUCGCGACCCCACCAAAAGCCGACAACCCAAAGUCUUUUUUUGAAUUAAGUCAAUCCCAAGAUCACUAUAGGCAUGCCACACAAAGCGAAACGCACAAUAAUAAUAUGAAAUUAAUACACGACCUUGCGAUGUAUAGGGAUGCAGCUUCGUUAGAUAUAGUUAAAACGGUAAAUUAUUUUACAGUUGAAUACGACAAUACUUCGAUCGAAUCUAUACGUGAGCCGUUUAAAAUUAAAGAUAUUGAAAAAAUGCCGGUCGACAUUGUAAAAAAAUGUAAAAAUUGCUCUAACUUAAACGUUGGUUGUGUGAAAAAGCUAGAGUUAGAAUAUGCUAAUUUGAAAAUUAAGAAAUAUAUGGACAGUCAAGAUCAAAAAGGGGAGGUCAAUAUGGAUUUGGGAAGUGAAACACACCCCCAGAAUGUUACCGUUAAUCUUAUGGAACAUUCUAUGAAGGAAGAUGAUGAUGGUAUCGCUAUAUUGACUGAGAACCGCCCAACGUCAGAGUACUCGCCAGUGAAGUAUUACUGGUUCUAUCGUGUUGAUAAUGAUGGCCAAUCGACAUGGCGGGGAUUUUCUGUCGCCGAUUCAAGAGCUCUGGAGAUCGCUUUUAACAGCUCUGACCUGAACGAAAACACCUUGGUGCCAACAGAUGGUGGGAGAUACGACGUGAACAUCAUUGGUAGGAUUCGAAUGCCGGUCUACUGGUCUGAGAAGCCGACCAAUGUUAGGCGAUGCAGCUGGUUCUAUUGUAACACAGAUGGAAGGUACGUCCCGUACGCAGAGGCCGUGGCAGAGAAGUUGGAGGUGGAAUACCAGCACGGUAUGGCAACAGGCGAAUGGCAUAGACGUCUAAUACUUCCCAAUAACGAGUUGGUGGUGAUGCAUGGACCGGGUGUGAUGGUCCAUUUUCUCCAGAACUCUGUUGACAGCUUUAGCGGAAGUCCGUUAUUCAACUUUGGCAAAACGGUGUAUCGUAACCCACCAAAGAUUGGCGUAAUUGGUGAUCAAACACAGAAAAUAGAUCACUUAGUGUUCUUAGUACAUGGAGCUGGAGAAUAUAGGCAUCAGAAGGAGAGACUUCAAUCAAUGACACGUCCUCGUGUAGUGAAACGCGGUGCGGUGGAGUCGGAGAUAGAAGACACGGAACCAUCGAGCAUAGAUCACCUGCUGCUGUUGUGUCAUGGGGUCGGAUCGGCUUGUGACAUGCGCAUGAGACCUGUGGAGGCUGUCGUGGACGACUUUAGAAAAACGAGUAUGCAGCUACUUCAAUCGCACUACAAGAACUCGUGCGACAGUGGGUUGGUUGGACGGGUGGAGGUACUCCCAAUUUCCUGGCACUCGAGCCUACAUUCAGGCGAGACGGGCGUCGACAAACGUUUGGCUAACGUCACGUUGGACAGCAUUCCUUGGUUACGGAACUUCACGAACGACACGGUGUUGGAUGUCUUGUUCUACACUAGCCCAGUGUUUGGACAGACAAUAAUAGACACGGUGUGCAAGGAGCUGAAUCGAAUCUAUGGCUUAUUCAAGAAACGGAACCCGGACUUCAGAGGAGGUGUCUCUUUAGGGGGACAUUCGUUGGGGAGCGUCAUUUUGUACGACUUGUUGGGGCAUCAGACACCCGAGGCUUCAGUCUCUAAUGGCUCAACGGAAAAGGAGUACGUCCAAGAGUGUGCCGGCACGGGACAGCCAAUGUUCAAAUACCCCAAGUUGGAGUUUUGUCCCGAAGCCUUGUUCGCACUUGGUAGUCCUAUUGCUAUUUUCGAAUGCGUCCGUGGCGUGGAUAUGCUCGGCAAAGAUUUUCGUCUACCCACAUGUGGGAAGUUUUUUAAUAUCUUUCAUCCCUACGACCCCAUCGCUUACAGAAUCGAACCAAUGAUAAAUCCAGAGUUGCGGCAGAUAAAACCAUACCUGAUACCCCACCACAAAGGACGGAAACGGAUGCACUUGGAACUAAAAGAAACAAUGGCUCGUGUCGGUGCUGAUAUUAAACAGAAAUUGGUGGAGUCCAUAAAAAGCACUUGGUAUAGUAUGUGGAAGACGGCUCCGCCUCCCACCGAUCAGCUCGAGAAGGUGGUAGAAGAAGAGAUGGAGAAGGAAGAAAUGAACGAUGAGUGUAAAGAAGACGUCGCGCAGGAUAAGGAAGCGACCCCAGAAAUGCUUGGACGUUUGAACAGCGGACGCCGCAUCGACUAUGUGCUGCAGGAAGCGCCCUUUGAAAUGAUCAACGAGUAUCUAUUCGCCAUGACCAGCCAUGUUUGCUAUUGGGAAUCGGCAGACACGAUCCUACUGAUUCUUCGCGAGGUAUACGCUUCUAUGCGCGUCCAACCUGACUGUUGUGUGCCACAAAAUAACCUCACAGUGCAACGGACACGAAUUGUUACUACGACUCACCAUCGACAAGUAGAGGCAGCCCGUGUUGAAAAUGACGGAAAAAAUAGUUAA